AUGGAGUUCCCUGCAACUCCUACCCAGAGAGGACUUGUCCCCUGGCUGGGGCUCCUACUGUCUGUCUUCCUCUUAUCCUUCUGGAUCCCGCCCACCACUGCGCGAUUUGAGAUUGUCAUGACCAGUGCUCUUGAAGGGCAAGAUGUGAUUCUACGUACCAAAAAUAGGCCUCCAGGUGUUUCAGGCUUUGUUUGGUACAGGGGAAUAGAGAUGAACUACUAUACUCUUAUUGCAUCUCUUACAUUGCAUUCAAGGCGAUCUCUAAGAGGGCCCGAAUACAGUGGUCGAGAGACAGUAAACCUUGAUGGAUCCCUGACCAUAAGAAAAGUCAAUGUGUGGGACCUAGGAAUCUACAUCGUAGUAGCCGUCCUUCAUAAUUCACAAAAAGAAAUUGGAUUUGGACGGCUCAAUGUAUACCGGCCAGUGAGUGUGCCCAUACUCCUAGCCAGCAACACCACAGUCACAGAGAAUGAGGAUGCUGUGGUCAUGACCUGCUACACAGAUGAGAGCUCCACCAACUGGUUAUUCAAUGCUACGCGUCUGCGGCUCAGAGAGAGAAUGAAGCUGUCCCAGGACCACAGAACCCUCACCAUAGACCCUGUCAGGAGAGAGGAUGCUGGGAACUACCAGUGUAAAGUCUCCAACCCCGUCAGCUCCACUGAAAGUGCACCUGUAGAGUUAUAUGUCAAGUACUAG